GAACACUGGAAAGCACUGAAGUCCCCGCGGCCGCCAUUGCCCGAGCGAUGACGUCACCCAAAGCCCCACCCCCGACCGGAAGCGGAAGCUGCGGUGCCCGGAAGUGGCGGCGGGGCGGGGGCCGCGCGGCGCGGAGCGGGCCGCCAUGUCGCAGCCACCGCCCCCGGAGCCCCCGCGGCCCCCGGAGCCCGAGGGGGGGGGAGGGGGGGGCCCCGCGGAGCCCCGCGCCGACACCGCGGCCUACCGCCCGGGCUCGACGCAGUGCGGCCGCUGCCUCAUCACGUUCCCGGACGCGGCGUUCGCCGCCCGCCACGCCAAACGGCAGCACCCGCGGGACUUCGCGGCGGCGGCUCUGCGCGGGGCGCUCUUCGUCUGCUUCGUCUGCGCGCGCCCCUUCGCCUCCUCCCCCGCGCUGCUGCGGCACCAACGCGCCCACGGGCCGCCCCCCGCCCGGGCCCCCCCCGCGCCGCCGCCCUUCGCCUGCACCGAGUGCGGACGCGGCUUCGCCCGGGAGGGGGCGCUGCACGGGCACUACAUGCGGCACGCCAGGGGCGAGCUCAGGGGGCGGGGCCGCGGGGGCGGGGCCUAGCGGAUCACGUGCUCCGGUGGGGAAUAAAGCGGUUUCUCGCAGCGGGCGGGGCCUCGCAGAUCACGUGUUCUAGGUGGUUAAAGGGCUGGUCUGGGGCGGCGCCUCGCGGGUCACGUGUUCUAGGUGGGUAAUAGUGACGGGGCGUGGCUUGGAGUUGGGGGCGUGGUCAGCCAUGAUUGGCUUAUUUAAGGGGCGUGGUUUAUUGGGGCGGGGCCAACCCAUAUAUGGGCGUGGCUUAUGGAGGGGUGGGGGCUCACAGAUCACGUGUUCUAGGUGGUUCAUUGUCUCAGGGCGUGGCUUGGAGUAGGGGUGUGGUCAGUACUGAUUGGCCAGUU